AUGGCACUUAGACCAAAAGAAAAGUGUUUUUUCACACUUCUGAUUACAGUUAUUUGCUACAGUGAGGGAAUUCCUAACGGCCCCCAAAAUGGAUUCGAUGUACGUCUAGUGGAUGGUCCCAACAACUGCUCUGGAAGAGUGGAAGUGUUGUAUUCAGGCCAGUGGGGUACAGUGUGUGAUGAUGAUUGGGAUUGGAUGGAUGCAAAGGUGGUGUGCAGAGAGCUGGGAUGUGGAGAAGCUCUAGUGGCCCUGGGGGAGGCUCACUUUGGACAAGGAAGCGGGGAGAUCUGGUUAGAUGAUGUUAGCUGUACUGGGACAGAGGAGUCUCUGUUUGGGUGCAACUCUCGAAGAUUGGGGUCACACAACUGUGUACACUUUGAGGAUGCCGGGGUCAAAUGUGUGGGUCCAUCACUCCAAAAUGUUCAUUCUGAGAGAGUGCGCCUGGUGGACGGACCUGAUCUCUGCUCCGGGAGGGUGGAGGUACAUCAAGACGGGAGUUGGGCCACAGUGUGUGGCCGUAACUGGGGUUUACUUGAUGCCAAAGUAGUAUGCCGAGAGCUGAGUUGUGGAACUGCUCUGGGGGCUCAUCCUGAAGCUUUCUCUGGCAUGGGGACUGGUCCAAUCCUGGAGGUGGUGUGCAUAGGAAGUGAAAGGUCUCUACUUGAAUGCAGAUCACAAGAAAUUGGAAUAGCUGACUGUGACCAUGGUGAAGCUGCCAGCGUAUCAUGCAUGGGACCCCCAGGCAGAAACAUGAUGUCAGAUGGCCAGUUGAUCCGACUGAUGGCGGGUCCUGAUCAUUGUUCAGGAAGGGUCGAAGUGUAUCAUGCAGGCCAAUGGGGUACAGUGUGUGAUGACGACUGGGAUUUGAGGGAUGCAGAUGUGGUCUGCAGACAGCUAAACUGUGGGUUUGCAAGGGAAGCCCCUAAACAGGCAUGGUUUGGAAUGGGAAUUGGUAUUCCCAUUCUGCUAGACAACAUGGGUUGUGUUGGUGGAGAGGAUUCCAUCUUUGACUGCCAGUCCGAACCUGUAGGUCAGCACAACUGCAUGCACCAUGAAGAUGCAAGUGUUGUUUGUUCAGUUUCACACAUAUCUGGAUCUUCCAUCCGUUUGUCCGAUGGCCCCAACAACUGCUCUGGGAGAGUGGAGGUGUUGUUCUCAGGCCAGUGGGGUUCAGUUUGUGAUGAUGGCUGGGAUCUGCGGGAUGCCCAAGUGGUGUGCAGAGAGCUGGGCUGUGGAGAAGCCCUAGAAGCCCUUGGCCAAGCCAGGUUUGGUCAAGGUUCUGGACGUAUCAUUCUCGAUGACAUGCUUUGCAUUGGUACUGAGGGAUCACUCCAGGACUGCAGUGGAAGUGAACCAGGAGUGCAUAACUGUGGCCAUAGUGAGGAUGCAGGGGUCAUAUGUACAGAUGUUUCCUUUGGCACCAGAGUGCGCCUGGUCAAUGGCCCCAACAACUGCUCUGGGAGAGUGGAGGUGUUGUACUCAGGCCAGUGGGGUUCAGUGUGUGAUGAUGGCUGGGAUCUGCAGGAUGCCCAGGUGGUGUGCAGAGAGCUGGGCUGUGGAGAAGCUCUGGAAGUCUCUGGAAUGGCCCAGUUUGGACAGGGGACUGGCUCCAUCACCCUGGAUGACCUGGCCUGCUCUGGUUCUGAAGACUCUUUGCUGCAGUGUCCCCACAACGGCCUGGGGAACCAUAACUGUGGCCACCAUGAAGAUGCUGGCAUCACAUGCACUGACAGUUUACCCAGAGUACGCCUGGUCAACGGCUCCACCAACUGCUCUGGGAGAGUGGAGGUGUUGUACUCAGGCCAGUGGGGUUCAGUAUGUGAUGAUGGCUGGGAUCUACUGGGUGCCACGGCAGUGUGCAGAAGGCUGGGCUGUGGAGAAGCUCUGGAAGCCCCACACCAAGCCUGGUUUGGUCAGGGUUCUGGACCUGUCUUUCUAACUGACAUGCUUUAUGAUGGCACAGAGGGAUCAUUUCAGGAACAUAGUGGAAGUGGACAAGGGGUGCAUAACUGUGGCCACGAUGAGGAUGCAGGGGUCAUCUGUACAGAUGGUUCCCUUGGCACCAGAGUGCGCCUGGUCAACGGCCCCAACAACUGCUCUGGGAGAGUGGAGGUGUUGUACUCAGGCCAGUGGGGUUCAGUGUGUGAUGAUGGCUGGGAUCUGCAGGAUGCCCAGGUGGUGUGCAGAGAGCUGGGUUGUGGAGAAGCUCUGGAGGUCUCUGGAAUGGCCCAGUUUGGACAGGGGACUGGCUCCAUCACCCUGGAUGACCUGGCCUGCUCUGGUUCUGAAGACUCUUUGCUGCAGUGUCCCCACAACGGCCUGGGGAACCAUAACUGUGGCCACCAUGAAGAUGCUGGCAUCACAUGCACUGACAGUUUACCCAGAGUGCGCCUGGUCAAUGGCACCAACAACUGCUCUGGGAGAGUGGAGGUGUUGUACUCAGGCCAGUGGGGUUCAGUAUGUGAUGAUGGCUGGGAUCUGUGGGAUGCCCAGGUGGUGUGCAGAGAGCUGGGCUGUGGAGAAGCUCUGGAGGUCUCUGGAAUGGCCCAGUUUGGACAGGGGACUGGCUCCAUCACCCUGGAUGACCUGGCCUGCUCUGGUUCUGAAGACUCUUUGCUGCAGUGUCCCCACAACGGCCUGGGGAACCAUAACUGUGGCCACCAUGAAGAUGCUGGCAUCACAUGCACUGACAGUUUACCCAGAGUACGCCUGGUCAACGGCUCCACCAACUGCUCUGGGAGAGUGGAGGUGUUGUACUCAGGCCAGUGGGGUUCAGUAUGUGAUGAUGGCUGGGAUCUACUGGGUGCCACGGCAGUGUGCAGAAGGCUGGGCUGUGGAGAAGCUCUGGAAGCCCCACACCAAGCCUGGUUUGGUCAGGGUUCUGGACCUGUCUUUCUAACUGACAUGCUUUAUGAUGGCACAGAGGGAUCAUUUCAGGAACAUAGUGGAAGUGGACAAGGGGUGCAUAACUGUGGCCACGAUGAGGAUGCAGGGGUCAUCUGUACAGAUGGUUCCUUUGGAACAAGAGUGCGCCUGGUCAAUGGCCCCAACAACUGCUCUGGGAGAGUGGAGGUGUUGUACUCAGGCCAGUGGGGUUCAGUGUGUGAUGAUGGCUGGGAUCUGCAGGAUGCCCAGGUGGUCUGCAGAGAGCUGGGCUGUGGAGAAGCUCUGGAGGUCUCUGGAAUGGCCCAGUUUGGACAGGGGACUGGCUCCAUCACCCUGGAUGACCUGGCCUGCUCUGGUUCUGAAGACUCUUUGCUGCAGUGUGCCCACAAUGGGCUGGGGAACCAUAACUGUGGCCACCAUGAAGAUGCUGGAGUCACAUGCAGUGUUUAAGAAUAGUAUUUUAAAAUCCUUUAGAUCAGUUACUUUUACAAUGAUGAGUCACACUACUGAAAAAGGCAAUUCAUUUGAGAAAGCAUGUACUUUCCUGACAAUAACAUCCUGUUAAGAUCUAUAUCCUGACCAUAUAGGUGUUUUUUGAUUGCAUUACCACACCUCCUGUAGUCACCCUUUUCCUAACUAAUAUAGGCAGAAGGCAAUAGUCUCUGUUUCAGUACAAGUAUAUGAAUUUGAA